AUGUCGACAGCAAGUUUCAGACGAAGUCCAGGCUUCAGGAAUCCAGAUGAAGAUUUCGUCUUGCAUGGACGCUCUUCUUCCUUCUGGGAAAAACCAGCUUAUUUGACCAAUUCCCAAAUAACAAAUUCUUCGACAAGGCUUACAAGUCAACACACAAUGUUUAACCCAGCAAAAUACAGUGACAGACACUAUGUCAAAUCCCUGGGAGAUAUAGCAAAUAAUUUAGGAAACCUCAGUGCAAAUCUUGACAAAAGUGUCUCUUUCAGCAAAAAAUUGCAAUCCAAAGAAUUUAGCAAUAAGUCUCUCACAAACUUCAUUAACACUGAAGAUGAAUUAUCCCAACUCCGCUCACAGAGUUCAGACUUGAGCUUUAGAGGUCAGCCAUUAAGGGUAAAUGAAAAUGAUUGGUUAAACAGAUCAAACUCCUGGAUGUCUCAAAACAUAACCAACAAAUACAAGACAAGUAAUCCCUACAAAGGUGAGAUGGAUGAAGAGGAGGAAUUUACAAAGCAGGAAAAGAUAGAGUACCCUCUUAGUACCAAUGACUCUCUGUCUCUCAGAUUCUUCCCUGUCACUAUGUCUGCUCCUUAUGAACUUUCUUAUUUAGAUAUCAAUGUUCCUUCCACAAAAAAACACAGCAUACGACCUAAAUCUGCUCCACGUUUUACAACUUCCAAGCCUAGUAAAUCCCAGUCAAAAGUGGGCCCAUUCACCAGGAGUGAUGUAGACAAAAUGUUUCUUAUGUCAUCUGAGGCCCCAGCUACAGCCUUGUCAUCAAAAGUGAUUACUUCCCCAUACCAGCCAGAGAUUGCCAGACUACGUAUGGAACGUCUACGUAUUGAGCAGGAUAGGCUGCUGGAGAUGAAACGCUUUGAAGAAAUAGAACGGAUUCGUGGACCAAACCCUAGAUGGUAUGAGUCUAAAGGUCCAGACUUCCACUAUGAGUGUAGUAAAAAUACAGAAUUGAUGAAACAUGAAAACCAUUGGGAUGAAUUGGUGGAUUAUCGCAACAGUCUGUUAAAAUCUUCAGAUGAUUUCAGGAAGUCAUAUGAAACAUUUGCCUAA